CUUCCGGGUCAUGAAAAAGGGACAUCGCUACAAGCUACCCAUGAAUGGUUGCGACCCGCUAUAAAAAAACUUAAAGAUGAAGAAGUAGAAGCUUCCCAUUAAUUUUCUCCUCAAAAGUCAAAUCAGUUUUCCAAAAUUGACAUUCACUAGUACCUAAAUGAUAACGAAGAUUAUUACCAAGUAAUUACAGGUUUCAGGAAGAUCAGGUUGUCCAGAGCCUACAGUGAUGUCUGAAGAAGUGAUCGUCGUGGAGUGGGCAGAGCCUGGUGCAUCAGAGGAGGGAUACCAAGUGCAACUCAUUACAGACAACCCCUCCGCAGUGUUGCCUGACAGCCUCGUCCAGAAUAUAUUGGUGAACACUGUGGUACAAGGCCAAGAGGAGGAUCAUCCACUACUAGAUGACAACGGUAAUGACCUCUAUUGUGAGGAGUGUCAUGCCUCCGACAAAGACCAGUGUUAUGUCCAAGGUGGUCUAUCCUUCAUGCUGGACUCUCCCACUCCAAUGGGUGUACCCCAGAGGGCCCUCCUCACCCUACCCCAUGGGCUGGUGGUAGGCAGGUCCAGUAUCCCAGGGGCAGGCCUGGGGGUCCUAAACCAAGGGCCAACGGUGGCCCCAGGAAUGCACUUUGGCCCCUGUGAGGGGGAGGUGACUACCAGGGAAAGAGCAGUAGCAAGUGACUACUCCUGGGAGGUCUGGAACAGUAAGAGUGAAUCUGAGUACAUCGAUGCUGCACGAGACACUCAUUCCAACUGGAUGAGGUAUGUGAACUGUGCUCGUAGUGAAGAGGAGGGUAAUCUCAUAGCACUCCAGUACAGGGGGAUUGUUUUCUUCCACUGCUGCCGCUCCAUCCUCCCAGGAGAUGAGUUCCUGUUUUGGCCUGGGGGCAGAUUCAUCGAAAGGUUCAGGGACCCCUCUGACCAAAUCUGGCUCCGAAAGUGCACCCCUUCAGAGUUUAGAACAGAUUUGUCGUCUCAGGUUUUCCUCUGCUGUCAGUGCCAGCUUUCUUUCACCACCAAGUCCUACCUUCAAAAACAUACAGAGAAAUCACACUCUCUGGACCUAUCGCCUGCGUCUGCAUUGAGUGAGCUUGACAGUCACCUUUCUAACGGCAAUGUGAAGCCAGACCCUAUGUCGUCAUCCUCUGUAGGUGAGUUGGCCUACCGGUGCCCUCAGUGUCCUAAGAGCUUUAAGCAGAAGGGCCAUGUCCAGAGACACAUGCGAAAUGUCCACUCCAAGGUGAAACCGUACUGCUGCAUCCAUUGUAGGAGGUGUUUCGCUCAGCUGUCUUGUCUGGCCAGGCACCAGAUACGAGUUCAUGGAAAGAAGAAGAAGCAGGGAAUAGCAGAGUUUAUGUCUGAAGAGGUCAGAGGGAAGAGACAGCCAUCCUCUGACAGGACCCAGGAAACUGAGUCCCCCACCUCCGAUGCUCCACCUACAGGGGCCUCUGUCUUAUUCCCCUGUCCUCAUUGCCCAUUCUCUUCUACUGUGGAGAGCAGCCUUUGUCAGCACAUGAAGAGCCAUGACCAAAGGGAAAAGGUCAUCAAAAUGCAGGCUUCUGUAGAGGUCAGAGGGGAGAGCACCGACAAACCCGAACCCCCAGAACCCCCCUCUGAUGCUCUACAUACAGAGCCCCAGACAGAUGAGUCGGCACAAACAGGUGAAGAGGCCAACAGCUGCUCUCAGUGUGGGAAGAGCUUUAAACAGAAGGGCCACUUCCAAAGACACAUGCGAGCUGUCCACUCCAACGUCAGACCCUAUUGCUGCCCCCAGUGCAGGAAGUGUUUUGCUCAGGGGUACGACCUGGCGAGGCACCAGCUACGAGUUCACGGAACAAAGAAGAAGCGUGGAGUAGUAGAGGUCAGAGGUGAGGAGGUCAGAGGGGAGAGUCCGCCACCCUCUGACAGCGCCUGGGAACCAGAGCCCCCCUCCUCCAAUGAUUCACCUACAGAGACCCAGACUGGAAGAGCUCCCUCUCAGAGACUGAGGAACCUCAGGGUAAAGUCCACCAGGACCUCUAAUGCUAAAACUAAGGCAAACGCACCAAAACAAAGACAAACCAGUACCAAGAAGAGGUCCCAUUCAGAUCCUGAUUCAGAUGCUCUGGACAUGGAGGGUGAUGCUGUAGGAGAUGAGGCCCAGUACAGCUGCACUGAGUGUCAGGGAACCUACGACAAUCCAGAGUCUCUCAAAUCCCAUCAGUGCAUCCAGGUCGUGGUGGGGCCGCCGCCGUACUCUUGCUCUACAUGUAGGGUUACCUUCAAACGGUACACCACCCUGAAGAAGCACAAGCUCAACAAGCACCCAAAGGAAAAUAUGCGUUAUUGCUGCACCCGCUGUGGAAGGUUCUUCAGUCAGGCUGCCGGUCUACAGCGCCACCUGGAGGCCGAAGUAUGUAAGGACAUCCAGCUGAGCUCUGAAGCUGUCCCCUGCUCCUACUGCCAAUUCUCCUUCACUGAGGAGAGGUACCUCCGGAAGCACGUUAAGAGACACCACCCUGAUGAGUAUGUCUCUCAGGCCUCAGGCCUGGGCUCAGGCCUCAUUCAGCCAGAGCAGAAGGCCGUAGAGGGAGGAGAGGUCCACCUCUGCUUUCAGUGUGGGAAGAGCUACAAGUACGUUAAAUGUUUCAAAUCUCACAGGUGUUUCCAGUCAGUCACAGCCAAACGGUACUUGUGCAAUGACUGUGGGAAAGGUUUCUCUUGUUUCUACAGCCUUAAGCAGCAUCAGCGGAUUCACACGGGAGAGAAGCCAUACCGCUGCUCUAAUUGCGAGAAGUGUUUUAGCCACUCUGGACAGCUGAAUGUACACCUGAGGAUACACACAGGGGAGAAGCCUUUCCUGUGUACUGAGUGUGGAGAGACCUUCCGUCAGUCUGGGGAUCUGAAGCGCCAUGAGAGAAAACACACAGGGGUGAAACCAUGUACCUGUCCUGAAUGUGGGAAAAGCUUCAGUCGACCUCAGAGUCUGAAAGCUCACCAGCUGCUGCACAACGGAGAGAAACUGUACAAGUGUGAUCAGUGUGUGAAAAGGUUUUCACGAAAUUAUCACCUGACAAGACACCAUGAAAAGAUGCACUCAUAAUUUGGCUGCACCACACACACUGUUGACUAUUGGGUUUAUUUGAAAACACUUGGUUAAGUUGAUAUAUUACCAUUACAUUUUACAACAAGUAAAAGCAUGUGAUUUUUGUUUAUUAUUCAUAAUAUGCCAUUUCCAAUUUGGAAUAGAAUAUACACUAUAUAUACAAAGUAUGUGGACACCCCUUCAAAUGAGUGGAUUCGGCUAUAUCAGCCACACCCGUU